CAACACUUCUGAAGGCCGCUGCCUACCAUUGCAUCAUUUCUUUUCCAUUCUCACAACCUACCUCGACAUUAACUUGACAUACUCCGCUAUAUCGAUCAUUUGCUUUGAGAGCCUUUUCCGUUACUCAUUUUCACUUGAGCAUGUCUCGCAGGACUUCUGCCAUGCCGUCAAAUACUUCAACGACUAGCGGUGUCCCACCUGCGGGCGAUGGUGGUCAGGAAAAGCAGAAGAUGCUUCUUUCGUCGGAAACGGGUCAUUUCAGCAUGAUCAGGGCUUUGCACCUCGCAGAUCUGGUGACUGAACUCAAUGGAUUCUGUGGAGUGAUGUCUGUCUUCUCCUCUAUGCGCUACUGCCUUGGUGACCCCCACGAUUACGGUGCGGUUUGGGCCGCUCUCAUCUUCAUGCCCUUUGGACUCUUCUUCGACUUCAUGGACGGAAGGAUCGCUCGGUGGAGGAAGAAGUCAUCUCUCAUGGGACAAGAGCUCGAUUCAUUGGCUGAUCUGAUUUCCUUUGGCAUGGCACCCGCCGCAGCAGCUUUCGCACUCGGAAUGCGCACCAGCCUCGACCAUCUCUUCCUCUCCUUCUUCGUCCUUUGCGGCUUGACACGGUUGGCACGGUUCAAUGUGACUGUUGCCGUUCUUCCCAAGGACAAGUCCGGCAAAUCCAAAUACUUCGAGGGCACCCCUAUCCCAACAACCUUGUCCAUUACCUUCUUCAUGACAUACUGUGUUUCUCAGGACUGGGUGCAGGAGAACCUACCACUUGGUCUUAUCGCCGAGGGUACGGCAUUCGAGUUCCAUCCCCUGGUGCUACUAUUUGUUCUGCACGGGUGUCUUAUGGUCAGCAAAACGCUGCACAUCCCUAAGCCGUAAAGGCAGGGAUUGCUCAUCGAGCAAGUGGAAAGCUUGUCUCAACCAGGAUUCCCAUUUUGAUAGAAAUGUCUUUUGCGAGCAAUAUAUACCAAGGGAAACCAACAAAACAAAAAACAAAAGUGGACAUGGAGCAUUUGUCGAGAAUAACGCAGUUGUCGAAAUGAAAAACGAUUUGCAUUUUUUGCAUAGUGUCUUGCGGUUAUUAUCUUAUUGAGCAUGGGGGCUCGGGUCAGAAUAUCAUACCGGAGGAUUGUCCCAUCCGGGGCUGUUGUAUUAGAGGGUCCAAUCGUUGUCUUGGUACCUAACUUCUUCUUGCUGUAGUAGUACUUCUUAAUUACUAACCUUAAUCCCGGACAUUCACU